AUGAGUACUGCAAAAGUCGUUCCAACACCUUCGACUACAUUGAGCUUCGAUGCAACUUCUCUGAUAAAAUACAAGCUCUCGGACGAAGUUCUCGCAAAAGUUGCUGCUUCCGGUUCACUUAGAUCUUCAUCAUGCAGAUCUGUGUUUGGAGGGUUAGAAACAGUCGGAAUUGUAAUUUUAAUGUUCGUAAUUCAGCUUGUUCUCCGAUGUCUUCCAUAUGAAACGAAAGAUUGGGAAGUGACCCUUUCUCGUAGUCGGAAUCUUUAUCGAACUCUCAAAGAGAAACAUCUGGUAGAUCCCCACGAUAAAAAGUUUUCACAAGAUCCGGAGCUGAACAACCCCUUGGCUUCUACCGAACACAACCCAUGGAACACCUUCUUUGAAGAUAAUGAUUUGCGCGACAUUAUUGGAAAAGAUGUAUCUCGAACAUUUCCUGAAAUCGAAUUUUUCCAAAACGGUAAUAUCCGUCAGAUGAUGUCAGAGAUUCUUCUCAUCUAUGCUAAGGAACACCGCUAUGUCAAGUACCGCCAAGGAAUGCACGAGAUUCUCGCCCCACUGAUUUUUGUAAUUUAUUUGGACAAUGAGGGGUUCUUGCAUGCAAAAGAAAAUGACGAACUGAAAACGUUGACUGUCGAAGAAGAAGAUAUACUAAAUUGCCUGUUUUGCAAAGAAUANAAAAAUGCGAAACCCGAUGUGAAACUAAACAACUUUUCCCAUAUCACCGUUUCUGGAAGCAGUCAUCCAAAUAGAACACAACGCCCUCAAAGACCAGUUGCACCAUCAAAAGCAAGACCUGAGUUAGAGUCACCACCAACCAUACUAGCUCUCGCUCCAGUUCUUCAAAAAAUGAAAAAUACUAUUCGUGACAGAUCAAACACAGUUUCGGUGCCUUCAUCUCCUCGUCGAUCUCAUGAACCUCAUAGGGAACCCAUAAGGAACCCUCAAAAUAAUGACAACUGGACAAAAGAAGUUCAAAUGAUGGAGGAGCAGGUUUCGACUCUUCAGACUCGAUUAAACGAACAAGAUAUGAUGUGCUGUCAGAUUUCAAAAGCUCUUGAAGUAUGUGCCGAAGACGUUCGAAAUGCAAAGUCAAGUGAACAGUGUGCUGCAUUAGCUCAAACUAUUCUAGAAUUGAGCAAGACUCUUCUAUCAAUAAAAACAGUUCCCGUAAAUCAAAGCCCAUCGAAAAACGGAAAGAACGGAAAUGUGGACGAAAAGCAGAAGCUUCGCGAACCACCUCAAAUCCGGCACAUUAACGAAAUGAUUGACAUGACAUCCAAACGUCCCCAAAUUUAA